UUUUAAUCAACAACAACAAGCAACUCCGUGAUAGCAUCACUGAGCCACAUCGCCCGAGGUGACCACCCGGAAAAUAAAAUAGGAAGAUACUGGGCUGUACCAUCAACGACGUCACACCGUCACCCAAGUCAUGAGACCAUUGUCCGAAGCAAAGUCAAAAUGGGAAGAGACAAUGCGAUAUAGCUCCAAGCCCUCCAGUUUCUUGGAUCUCCAGCAGGCAAUCAAGCACCAUCCCCAAGACAGUCCAUGUCUGACAGGCUGUCGCUCCGUCUGCUGGAAGAUCCUCCUUCUAUUUCGAGACUCGCCAACUGAAAAGUGGGCCGAGAUCUUGAGCGGAUGUCGCAGCUCCUAUACAUCCAUCCAUGAGAAACAUCUUCGCUUUAUCAAGCACCCCGAACUGCUGGCCGAGCUACCCGUUGAUCCUCUGGCAGACGACCCCGACUCGCCCUGGGAACUUGUGCGCAAAGAUGAGCUCAUCCGGUCUGAGAUCCUGCAGGAUGUCCAACGGCUGCCGGAUGACCCCCUUUAUCACCAAGACUCUGUCCAGGCCAUGAUCCUUGAUAUACUGUUCCUCUACUGCAAACUCAAUCCGGGUGUGGGCGGCUACCGGCAGGGGAUGCACGAACUGCUUGCCCCUAUCGUUCAUGUUCUCACCCAGGACGCUCUGGACCGAAAGAAGACGGUGGCAGCCGAUGAAGAGGUUGGCCCUCCUCUUAUGCUUGACAUGUUGGACUCAGCAUACGUUGAACAUGACGCUUACACUAUUUUCUCGAUGCUCAUGGCACGUGCAAGCGCGUUUUACGAAGUGGGUAGUGACAAAACGGGCGAACAAAACACCAUCGUCGAGAAGAGUAGGCACAUUCACGACGAGUUGCUCAUGCAGGUGGAUCCCGAACUUGCAAGCCAUCUAAAGGAGAUUGAAAUCCUUCCUCAAAUAUUCCUCAUUCGUUGGAUCCGCCUUUUGUUCGGCAGAGAGUUCCCUUUUGAACAGUUGCUUGUAUUAUGGGAUACUAUUUUUGCUCUCGACCCGAACUUGGAUCUGAUAGAUCUGAUAUGUGUAGCCAUGCUACUGAGAAUCCGAUGGACAUUACUCGAAUCCGAUUACGCCAUGGCCUUACAACUCCUCCUUCGAUACCCAGUUCCUCCGGACUCACAAGGACCUCACACCUUCGUCGACGACGCCCUAUACCUACGAGACCAUCCAAACGCUACUGGCGGCGCCACCAUCAUCUUCAAACACACCAGAAAGCACCCACUCUUGUCAUCGGCCGCUCCUUCAGUCACGAGUCCUGGCCCUCAACCGCCAGCCUCGCCCUCCAAACACGGCUUUGGUAGCUUACGCCAACGGACUCUAGGAGCCAGGUCACCACUAUCCUCCCUGCAACAACCCGGUGGCGUUGAAGCCCUACUCUCCGGCGCUGCUAAGAACAUGAUCGAACGCGGAGAGAAGCUAGGCAUCAACCAGGCCGUACGGGACGCCAUGGGCGAGAUCAAGAAGGGUCUCCAGGAAGCUCGUAAUUCUUCGUCUAGUAGGAGUGCAGCGGGCCGCAGCCCUUUGCGCGACGGGUAUCUCUACCAACCACCACAACACACGGUUACGAGCAUGCAGAGGAGGAACCGACAGCUAGCUGCCUUGUUGGACGAGUCCAUCACCAGUCUCAAGCACCUCGCCGCUUCAGGGUUAGGGGAAACAGCCGACAAGGAGAAGCACAUCGAAACCGUGGAGAUUACCGCGGCAAAAAUCCAGUUUGUCAAGGCGUGCCUGGAGGACUCAUCUCUGAUACUCCCUGAUUUGGAGGAGUCUGCCCCUGCUGAGCGUGAGCCGCAAGCACCGUCGUCCCCGCCUCCUUCUGCUCCGACUUUCAACGCCCUCAGCCUCUCGCCUUCGCACCACAGGGGUAGUGCCGAUUCAAGGGCGCCAACAGUUGCCUUGGAUACGACGCCCGUGGUGAUGACUUCGUCUGCCGUGGAAGAGGAAGAGGAAGAGGAAGCGGAAGCGGAAGUUAGCAUAUCACAAGCGUCGACUAUUACCACUCUUCCACCUGCAGCUGCGCCAGGAUCAACAGGGGAAGCGGAUGGACCUCCCAAAACCCCAACGGAGAUGACGACGCCGGAAAUUACCACGAAGAAGCCUGAAACCAACGGCAAUGACCCCUCACCAUCUCCCGCCGCCAUCCAUGUAAAACCACCCUUAUCACCGCCCUCUACAAACCCCAGCGAACCAACACCAUCCUCGCCACCACCACCAGCCAACCCCGACCCCCUCUCCUCCUCUUCCUCACCCUCGCAACCAGAAACCCCAGAAAAACAACAACAACAACAACAACAACAACAACAACAAGAACCGCCUCACCGCCCUGAACCCCUCCCCACCCGUUCAACAAUAGCCCAAUCCUCCUUCGCCUGGAUGCUCGAGCCAGAAGACCCUUCUUUCAUCACCCCUAACUCCUCAUCAACACUACACACAACCAACAGUCCCUUCCCCCCACCUCGCUCACCACCCACCACCGCCUUUCCCGAGUUAGGCCGUGGUCGACCAUCUAGUUUUAGUCAUUCCAUCCUUGCAGGACCAGCAGCAGCAGGAACAGCGGGAACGAAAACAAAGCCAAGGAAGAAAAGUCUCGGAAAGAGUAACAGGAUGAGUAACGCCUCGAGGGAACGUAAUGCGUUUCUUUUUGGCGAUGAGGAUGGGGAGGACCAGGCUGCUGGAGGGGGAGGAAAGAAGUUGGGACUCGGGAUGGGGUCGUUGGGGGAUGGGAUUUUUGGGUUGGAGGUUAUUUCGAGGACUAGUAAGGAGAGGGAGAGGGAGAAGGGCAGUGCGAAGGGGGAGGAGGAUGGGAAAGGGGGAGGAGGGGUGGAAGGAGAAGGAGAAACUGAGGCUGAGAGGGGGGAAUGAUACCGAUUAGGGCUGAGUACUGUAGUGAGGAUUCCACUUGAGCUGAGUUGAUGCGGGAUACCAUGGAAAUUCCACUUAUACAUUAGUAAUCCUAGUGGUUGAGUUGUUACCUUGGUAAGGCGUUGAGCACGGAAACAGACCAUCGCUUUGGUAUUGCCUUGAUGACUCUCUGCGGCGUGGCA